AUGGCGCCGGUGCCGGCGCCGGGAGAAAUCUCCGGCGAGAGGUGGGGAUGCAGAGGAAGAAAGGCACUUUUGAGACAAGACAAGAGGAGCUUUGGGAAUGGGGAGUCUUUGCCGAACCAUUACCGGUUGCACUACGUCCCACGCGGGCUGCCGAACCAUGACUGGCCGCUGUCGGGUCGCUACUGGGUCACUGCGGCUCGCCUGGGUCGCUGUCGGGUCCCUGGUGCAGCUGGGGUGGGCUGGACUGCGCGGCUGCGCCUUUUGUGUACGUGCGUUGUCGGGCAUGGCCGGCGCGCGUUGCGCGUUGGGAGUACGUCGUGCGCUGCGCGAUGCGCGCUCUGGGGAGGCGCAGGUCGCGCACAUAGACACGCGGUUCUUGCAUAG